AUGUCGUACGACCUCGCAACUGCCGAACAGCCUGCGUAUGCACCUUUUUUCGGGUACAUGGGUGCCGCCUCAGCCCAGAUUUUCACCGUUCUGGGAGCCGCCUAUGGCACAGCCAAGUCAGCUGUUGGCAUUUGCUCAAUGGGAGUGAUGCGACCAGAGCUGAUCAUGAAGUCUGUAAUUCCAGUCAUUAUGGCUGGUAUUAUUGGUAUUUACGGGCUGGUCGUGGCUAUGGUAUUGAAAGGAAAAGUCAGCGCAGCUAGUGAGGGCUAUAAUCUCAACAAGGGAUUCGCUCACUUGGCGGCGGGUCUCACUUGUGGAUUGUGCGGUCUUGGAGCAGGAUACGCUAUCGGAAUCGUCGGUGACGCUGGAGUGCGAGGAACAGCCCAACAACCUCGCCUUUUCGUAGGAAUGAUCCUCAUUCUUAUUUUCUCUGAGGUACUUGGUCUCUACGGUAUGAUUGUCGCUCUCAUUCUUGGAACAUCAUAA